UCCAUAUUGGUAUACAGGCUAUGGUAUCUCUCGCAGGUUGUUGUUGUUGUUUUUUUGCCACUCUUGGCUUUCCAUACACGGUGGCUCUGCAGCUCCCCCUAUUGGGCGCCAAGAUGAACAACAGCAUGACAGUGAGCAGGGCGGCAGGCAGACUGCCAGCGCGUCUCACCGAGUGCCGCUAGCCUGGCUCGUCACGGGCGCCGGGGGAUGCGUUGAUCGACGAUCAUUGUCCGGGAUGUCGCUUUUACAGCGCGCUUCAACCUCGCUGUCGCCGAGAGGGCGCCAGGAGACUUUGCAUCCAGCGCGUUAACAGCCGCCGCAGUCACUGCACCGGCGGACAACAACAAACGCUCGCGUCGCGUCGCGUCGCCCAGCUCCAGGAGGAACCUGAGACUCGAACCUGGAACCAAUCGGCCGCCCGAGAGCGGGGCGAGCCGCGACGGUGCCAGCCGGUGUCCAGGGCCAGGCAGAGCUGCGGACUACCGGACGGGAGCUCACCGCGGGCUGAGCGUGGCUGGUUCGCAGUAGCCGAGUUGGCCGCGCGGAGAACUUCGUUGGCGAGCGUCCGUCAUGAGGAGUGGACGUCGGCCGCGUUCCAACCCGCUGCUUGUCCUCCCGUGAAGUGCCGGUUGAGGCGCCGGGGAUGCCGUCCUCCGUCCGCGGGAGUCGCCAGAGGAGACGAAGCGGGUCGAACAAAUGCGCGCUGCAGUCGCAAAAGAAAAGUGAGCUAGCGUCCAGCUAGCACGCCGCUAGCCGCUCGUUUUUCCUUUUUUUUUUUUUCUUCUUCUUCUUCUUCUCUUCAACGUGACUCACUGGCGGCGGAUGAAUGUAACGAGUCGCGACGUCGGGUGUUGGCUGCGUGUCGCCUCUCCGCCGAUACGUGGACCGAGGAACGCGCGUCUCGUCGCCUCCCGUCGCGCCGGCGACAGCGACAGCUGAACGAACGUGGGGUUGUGGCUGUUUGUUUGUUUGUUUGUUUGUUUGUCUUUUCUUCUAAUUUCGACGAGAACGCGCCUGCGACUUCCGCGCUACGAUGGGCUCGCUGAAGGCUCUGCAGGAGUGGUGUCGGAUACAGUGCGAGGGCUACGGCGAUGUGGCCGUCAGGGACAUGUCCUCGUCCUUCAGGGACGGCCUGGCCUUCUGUGCCCUCAUCCACCGCUACAGACCCGAGCUGAUAGACUUUGGUUCGCUGUCUAAAGAGAAUGUCUACGAGAACAACAGACUGGCUUUUGAGGUGGCCGAGACGCAGCUGGGGAUUCCAGCCCUGUUGGACCCAGAAGACAUGGUGUCCAUGAAAGUGCCAGACCGGCUCAGCAUCAUUACUUAUGUCUCCCAGUAUUACAACUUCUUCAACAACAAGUCUCAAGCAAAUCCCCCCUGCAUGAAGAGGCCGAGUUCUGUUGGUCAUCACGAGCCAGCCCAGAAAAGGCCUCUGACCCCUUUGGAAGACAAAGUGGUUGAGUCUGAGCCGACCCAGCCCGCGCAGACAGGCGUAGCAGCGGCCAAGCGCAGCACGCUCAGCAGCACCUGUGCCGCCUGCCAGAAACACGUCCACCUGGUGCAGAGGUUUCUGGUGGACGGCAAGCUCUACCAUCGCAUCUGCUUCAGGUGCACAGAGUGUCACAGCACUCUACUUCCUGGAUCUUACAAAUUGGGGAGCGACUCUGGGGCGUUGGUCUGUACGCAUCAUCUUGCGAGGCAGGCUUUAGCCAACCAGAAUGGUCGACCGGACCUUAGUAAGAGACCAGUGGUAGUUCAGACUGCCAGGACUGGUCGCAGCACGACCCCUCACACCUCGCCCUCUGAGAGGGGCCGGGCUAAGACUCCUUCCCCGGCGGGCCGAAGAAACUCUACCGACACGCCCAACAAUAACUCUGCCACGGUCGCUCCUGUUACGACAGAUAAAGCAGACGCUUUGGAAAAAGCAAAAGACACGGGUAGUGGUGGAGUGACAGAGGAAAUGCCCCAGUCUUCUCCUCCCCCCAACCCUUUUGAUGAGAGUGAUGAAGAGGAGGACGAGGGAGGGAAAGAGGAAGACACUCAAACGCCAGCCAAAUGUACAACCAACGGAGAUCUUCCCUCUACACCUGUCAGUCACAAUGAAGGUGUCAGUCGGCCGGUGCCGGUGCCUGCGCCCCGCAGGGUUUCUGAACCCACCCCACCUCCUCGCCCAGCACCUCGGGUCCGGCUACCUCGCCCGACGGACGGGCCCACAGUCGGUAAACAUCUGAAGCCUCCAACUCCUCCCAAACCUCGGGAAAGGUCACAGUCUCCUGGAAGCCUGUCCAGUGUCACCCAUAAACCCAAAGACCCACCUUGGCUCGCCCUGGUCCAGUCAGAAUCCAAGAAGAAGAAAGCCCCUCCCCGUCCCCCCGCUGGAUUGGCAACACCUCCCAACGCAGGCUCUCUGUCCUCUCUCAAAGGAGACGACUCCAGACCCAGUACACCCCCUCCACCCGCCAACCCGUUCGAAGAUGAUGAUGAUGAAAACAACGAGGUAGAGGAGGAAGAAGAGGGGGCUGAAGGAGGUGCGAUUCCACCCACGGUGGUGGCCAAUCACCCCUGGUACAGAAUCAGUCAGGCGGCUGACGCGACAGGUGCCGACACUCCCCCUAGUGGAGGGAGCUCAUCCCGCUCUGCCAGCCCAGGGAGUGCUAAGAGCAAGAAGCGUGCGGCUCCCCAGGCUCCGAAGCCGUCUGCUGGUAACCAAGUUCUCCCUCACUCUCAGCCCUCCUCUUGCUCCCCUUCUCCAGCUCUCAGCAUAGAGAGUCUGUCCUCGGGCUCAGACCACAUCUCCUCCCAGCCCGCCUUGGGCAGUAGUGUCAGCAGCGACCAAGAACACGCAUUCACCAAAAGUGUCUCGGAGCCUUCCAUCUGUUCGCCGUGCGACUCCGCCGCCUUGCCUUCUGCCUCCUCGAACGAGCACCUGCUUCAUCCUCCCCCCAGCCCAUAUUGUUCUGCCAUGCCUUCGAAUGCCAGCUCAGCUCCAGCCACCCCACAGGCCAGUCGCAGUUCGGUGACCAAAGGGGCUGGAGCCCCUCCGCCACGACCCCAGACGACCCCUAGCCCACUUGCCUCUGGGGCCACACCGUCACACAACAAGCGGAUAUGUAAGGAGAACCCGUUCAACAGGAAAGCUUCUCCCUUGCCUGCUAAAUCCAAAACCAGACCACCAAAAGGCCCCCGUCCUGCCAGACCCCCAGCACCUGGACAUGGCUUUCCACUCAUCAAACGCAAGGUGCAGUCAGAUCAGUUCAUUCCAGUGGAGGACAUCCACGGGGAGAUGGGUCAGCUGGAGAAACAGCUGGAUGAGCUGGAGCAGAGGGGAGUGGAGCUGGAGAAGAAGCUGAGGGACACGCCCAACGAUGAGGAUGAGGAGCGCCUGUUGGUGGACUGGUUCACUCUGAUCCACGAGAAACACCUUUUAGUCCGACGAGAAGCUGAGCUGGUCUACACGGCCAAGCAGCAGAACCUGGAGGAGAGGCAAGCUGACGUGGAGUACGAGCUGAGGUGUCUUCUCAACAAACCAGAGAAAGACUGGACUGAGGAGGACAAGAGCCGGGAGCAGGAGCUGAUGGCCGAGCUGGUCACCAUCAUCGAACAGCGCAACCAAAUCGUCAACAACAUGGACCAGGACAGGCAGAGGGAGGAAGAGGAGGAUAAAGUUAUGGAAGCCAUGCUGAAGAAGAAAGACUUCCACAAAGAUCCCGACAGCGACCAGCACAAGAAAAAGGGAACAAAGUUCAAACCGAUCAAGGUUCUGAAGCGGCUGAGCCACAAGGGAGAACCGGGCAACAGCCCUCGCAAGGAGAAGAGCUGAGCAACGGAGGACAUAUUUGUACUCUCCCCUCCAAGAGGACAUCAGAUUGUUUUGACAAGACUAAGGAAAAUAACACAGGAUGUGACAAAAGAAAUUUCAUCAGGUCAAGAAGAUGAGAUGACGUGUUAUUAUAAAGACUUUUAAGCUCAGCCCAGAACCCACUCCCUGCUCGUGUCUUACGUGAUGCUUCUCCAAAAAAGAGUCUCACUAGUGACUAUUGUCUGUUGCCUUUGUGUGUUAAAACAGACUGCAUCAUAAAAAAAAGUGCUUUAAGAACUGACAUCUCUAUGACCUUUCGAAGCGAGUGAAGUGUAGAUUUCUAAAUUUACAGCACUGACUUGCUGAAAAAAAAACCCACGUUUUUUUAUCUUUCUCUCGAUUGCACACGUUCAAAAACACCCUUCUCCUCAGUUGCUUUGUGUUCAGAGGUCAGAAGCUGAAUGAAAGAUCUGGGGAGGUUUGAUCAGGUCGUGUCUGGUUGGAGCCUGUGGUACUAACGAAAGUCAAUUUUGCAUCAUCUGCCCUUGAAACUCUUGAUCAAAGAUGGAUACCGAAGCUCUUCUAGCUGCUAUGUUAUGAUUUUGUUUUUAGUUUCAAACAUGUGGAUGAAUGAAGACGCAGACAUUUGUGAGUGUUGUGAUUGGAGUUCUGAGGGACGGCAUUAUUUUACUAUGAAUUUGCAGAUUUCUUUUAGAAGGUUUUAGUCAUAUGAAAGGUCACACAUUCAAUACUGAAUAUUAGAAAAGGCAGAUAUUCAGGAUUUUACCAAACUUUACAUAACAGUUUUAACCAUUGGGGGAAAUCCUCAAUAUACAAUCGUUAAUUUAUAUUUCACUAAGCCUCUCUGUUUCAGUGUUUUGCCUUAAAAGUGGACGAGAGACUUCGUGCGGGUGCCAUUAAUUUAAUUGUGUAUUUGGAUCGGCAUCAUUUGUUCCAAACUAAUGUAAACGCCCCAUAUUGUUUACUGUUUCUGUUCCUGUCGUGUCAUUCAGAUUCGUCUCGCCUGUCCUCCAUUUUAAAUGGUCAUGUCUUUCUGCUUCGUGCCUGUCUUCCUGUCUCCUGGCUGAAACCAAGGGCUUCAGUAGCACUGGACAUCGUCCCCAAAACAGCAGCAGGAUCAAAAAAACAAAAAGAAUACUGACACUGGAAGGCAGAGGAAUAAAAUUAAUUGAUCCAA